AUGCUUCGUCUCCCGGCCGAGACUUCAGACAAGCUCUCCAAGGAGUCGUACCGCCAGCAGCGUGAGCUCGAGGCCGCGCGCAAGGCCGGUACGGCCGCUCCCGCCGUCGACGCCCAGGGCAACGCUAUCAACCCCCAUAUCCCAGAGUACAUCACCAAGGCGCCAUGGUACGCCGAUGUCGGCAACGGUCCGUCGCUGUCGCACCAGCGCCGCACCGAUGGCGAGGAAAAGAAGGUGUCCAUCGACGACUGGUACGACCGUGGCGCGACGGCCGGUCCUGCCGCGACAAAGUACCGCAAGGGAGCAUGCGAGAACUGUGGAGCCAUGACCCACAAGAAGAAGGACUGCGUCGAGCGGCCCCGCAAGCGUGGCGCCAAGUUUAGCAACAAGGACAUUCGGGCCGACGAGGUCAUCCAAGCUGUCCCGCGCGACUAUGACGCCAAGCGCGACCGCUGGAACGGCUACGACCCCACACAGUACAAGGCUGUGGUGGACGAGUACGAGGCCGCCGAGGCUGCACGCCGCUCGUUCCGCGAAGACGAGAUUGACGCACAAACGUCCACGGACCUGGCGGCGGUGAAAAAGGCCGCAAAGGUCAAGCAGCCCGACGACGACGAGUUUGGUUCAGACGACGACGAGGAUGAGGACGACGACAAGUAUGCCGAGGCGGCCGACCAGGUCGGUGUCAAGUUUGACACCAAGUCGCGCAUGACAGUGCGCAACCUGCGUAUCCGUGAAGACACGGCAAAGUAUCUCCUCAACCUCAACCCGGAGAGUGCCCACUACGACCCCAAGACGCGUGCGAUGCGUGACGCACCAGAGGCCGGAGACCCCAAGGACUUGAAAUUCGCAGGCGACAAUUUCCAGCGAUACUCGGGCGACGCGACCAACAUGCAAAAGCUCGCAAUGUUUGCACACCAGUCGUCGCAGCGCGGCCACAACGUCAACAUGCACUCCAACCCCACGGCCGGAGAGCUGUUGCACCGCGAGUUUCAGGAGAAGCGCGAGGCCCUCAAGGACUCGACCAAGUCGUCCAUUCUCGAGCGGUACGGUGGCGAGGAGCACCUCGAGCGCCUGCCAGAGGAGCUCCUCGGCGGCCAAACAGAGCACUAUGUCGAGUACUCGCGUACCGGCCAGCUCGUCAAGGGCCAGCAAAAGGCCACCGCACGCUCAAAGUAUGCCGAGGACGUGCUCCUCAGCAACCACACGGCCAUCUGGGGAUCGUUCUACGACCGCGACAGCAAGCAGUGGGGCUUUGCAUGCUGCCACUCGCUCAUCUCUGGCUCGUACUGUACCGGCGAGGCAGGCAAGGCUGCCAACGCAUCGAGCAGUGCGCAGGCGCUGUUGGCUGCACCCCCGGCCGAGGUGGCCGAGGACGCAUACCAGGAGCCCAAGUCGCUCGUCGAGAUGCACCGCGAAAAGCUCCAAAAGAGCGCCGACGACGCCGCCGCCGACAAUGACGGCGAGCGCGCGACGGCCGCCGACAAGGGCAAGGGCCGCGCACGCACUGCCCGUCAUGCGGGCGAGAACGACGACGACGAGCCAGACUAUGACUCUGCCCGGCUGCGCAAGGCCAUCGAGGACGAGAAGAAGCGCAAGAACAUGGACCACGACGAGGCGUGGCAGGCCACCAAGAAAUCCAAGACCACAGACGUCACAGAGGAGGAGAUGGAGGCGUACCGUCUCAGCAAGAGUACAUUCGAGGACCCCAUGGCCAACUGGAAGGACGAGGACGAUUAG